AUGAGAAGUGAAAAUGAUCCCAAUCUCUAUUUAAAAAGAACAUGUGAAUCUGAACUUAUGGUGGUAUGUUUAUAUGUUGAUGAUAUGAUAUAUUUUGGCUCUACAAAGCUUUUGAUUGGUGAGUUUAAGUUCAACAUGAUGAAGACCUUUGAGAUGAGAGAUUUGGGGUUGCUGCAAUAUUUUUUGGGGUUAGAAGUGAAACAAGGAAAAUAUGGCAUUUUCAUUUUUCAAAACAAGUAUGCCACUGAUCUUUUGAAGAAAUUUCAGCUAAGUAAUUGUGUGGCAGCUGCGACCCCUAUGAACAUAAACGAGAAGCUGCUAAAAGAAGAUGGGAGUGGAAAGACUGAUCCGAGAUGGUUUCGAAGCUUAGUAGGUGGUUUAAACUACUUAACACACACUAGACCUGAUAUUUCUUUUUGUGUAAGUGUUGUGUCUAGGUACAUGCAUUCUCCUACUAAGAAACACUUUGGUGCAGCAAAGAGAAUUCUCCGUUACUUUGCGGGUACGGUGGAUUAUGGAAUUCGGUAUGCUGAGGUUCCAAACUUCAAAUUAACCGGUUUCAUCGAUAGUGAUUGGGCUGGAUCCAUAGAUGAUCGAAAGAGUACUUCUGGCAAUGUAUUUAGUUUUGGAUCAGGUGCUGUAACUUGGAGUUCGAAGAAGCAAGAGACAGUUGCUUUAUCAACUAGCUCCUCAUUUGAAAAUGUUUUUCCUAGAGUUCUCAUACGACUCAUGAUAUGGGUAAAUCGUGUUUGCAUUUGA